AUGAGUCAUUGUAGGGACGAACACAGCCAUUCUCAAGACGGUCAUGGACACCAUGAUCACGACCACGAUCACGACGGACCAGAACGUGGAACUGAAGAUUCACUUUAUUCACGUAUAGAUCGCGAUAAUGUUCGUUGUUUGAACGAAAGAGAACCCGAAUCAGGCAAAAAGGUCAUAAAACCUUGGAAUGAAAGAGAUGAUACCACUAAAUUUGUAGAAAGUGAUUUCGAUGAACAACUAAUUAUUUUUAUUCCAUUUACUGGUAGCGUUAAGUUAAAGUCGAUUUCGAUCAAAUCAGGACCGGGAAAUAGUUGUCCAUCAAUAUUAAAAGCUUAUAUCAAUCGAGAGGAUGUUGAUUUUGAUACAGUGGAAGGAUAUAGGGCAACUCAAGAGUGGGAAUUAGUUCAAUCACCGGAUGUCGUAGAAUAUCCAACAAGAAUGACAAAAAUGUACAAUGUGAGGAACUUGACGCUUUUUUUUCCAGAAAAUUAUGGAGAUGAAGUAACUAGAGUUUAUUAUAUUGGACUCAAAGGAGAAUGGACUGAGAUCAAGAAGGAUCAUAUUGUAACUCUUUAUGAGACUACUCCUAAUCCUGCUGAUCACAAAAACCCUGCCGGUGAAAACAAAACUCAUCAUGCCAUAGAUUAA